UCCCGUGCGGGCGACACUUCGCGCACAGAACCUUUGCAGGUUUCGGGCGGCAUACCCGGUGCUGUUCGGGCAGCAUCCUCUCUUUUUAAUUGGUUGCAGGAUAUAACAGAGCGGCAACAGCAAACCAAUUCCCAGGGUCUUGCAGGUGCAACCAAGUUCCUUGUUCGUUAUCCCGCACGGCGGCGCGAGGUGUUGGGAAGAAGAGGAAGGAACAACAGAGGAGAGGGGGGGAUGGAGAUGCCCGCAGAUGAACCGGACGAUAAUCCAGGAGACACGUCGUCGGUCUCGGUUGACCUCACCUUCCUGGCCCUGCGAGACGCCUCGCGGCAGGGCGGCAACAGCAGCAGCAGCGGUCCCUCUGCAACAGCAACAGCGACAACGGUACCUCAACCUGCGAGCACGAGCUGUUACCGUCCGAGCGAGACGCCGCUGUUCGGGAGCAUUCUGCGCGCGGUGUUGCUGCAACAGCAGGCGGGGGAAGGAGGAGGGGAGCAGCAGCAGAGCUUGGUGCACAUGACGCCCGGAGUGUUCCCCGUACUGACCCGUCUAUUGGCGGCGGACGAGGUGUGCCAGCCCGCGCUGGCGGUGGCGGCGGAUCGGGCUGCGACGGCGGAGGGUGCGGGACGGCAGCAGCGACAACCGGGUGACCACCAGCUGAGGCUGCAGCAGCUUGAGAGCGCUCAUCAGUCGAGGUCCUCUCCGACGCCGAAGGAUCCACUGGUGGCGUCGAGUAGGGCACAGCAAGACGAUAUCCAGGGCGGCGGUGGCGGUGGUGAUGUUUCUCACAGCAACAACCUCAUUUCCAUCUCGAGUCUCUCCGACGUCCAGCAGAAGCUGCUCCCUGCCGACACCCCGCGCCGAGUGUGCCAGUACGCCUUCCUGAAGAAUGACAUCGUCUGGAUCUGCAAGGAUUGCCAGGCGGACGAGACGUGCGUGUUGUGCAACGACUGCUUCCGGAGCAGCGACCACGAGGGUCACGAGGUGUACUUCUAUCACGCGCAGGCUGGUGGGUGCUGCGACUGCGGUGAUCCUGACGCUUGGGAUUACCGCGGGUUCUGCCCUCACCACGGGCUGGACAACGGCGACCCUCUGCAGGAACUCCCCCAAGGACUGAUAACGGCGGGGUCGGCCGUGAUGGCGGCUGUGCAGACGUUCUUGCUCGAGACAUCCAAGGCCGUGAUGCAAUCGUUCGACCUCACCAAGCCGUGGAACACCAGCGGAGGACGCCCGCCCAAGAGCGUGUCGAUGAUAGUCCACCAGAGCCUCUACGAAGAAAACCAAGUGUUCGAGGCCCUGGGGUCGGUGGCAAACCUCGGCAUGGCGAACGUGCACCAAAUCCGCUACAUAUUGGCGACGGGCAGCGCGGAGGAGGCGGAGAUUAUGUCCUUCCCUUCUUUUCCUUUCGGCGCCGCUGCCGCUGGAACGGGUGCUGCAGCCGGUGCUCCCGCUGCCGCCGCUGCUGCUGCUGUUGUUGCUCCCACCGGUGAUGACGGUGCUGCCGCUUCUGUAGCUGGUGAUACUGCUGUUGUCAGCGGCGGUGAGGGCGACGGAGCCGCGGAUCCUGAGAGGGAGCGGGACGCGAGGGAGUUGGAGCGCUUGCUGGACGUUGCCCGGGCGCUGGUGAAGCGGGGGUUGCUGAUCUCGGUUCGCACCCACGAGCUCCAGGAGCGGCUGAAGCGCUCCCAGGACGUGGUUAGGUGGCUGCACGCGGUGUCCACCUUGUCGGACGGCUGCUGCCGCCUGGUCUGCGAGAUGCUCGACGUGCCCACGCUGGUCGCCCUCAUGGAGGCGGACACUCACCUGCCGAAGCCCCUGGCCUGUGCGCUGCACGAGCUUUACCUGGCGCUGAUGGCGGACCAGCCUUUCAAGACCAGAAUCGCGGCGGCCUACGUCCGCGCCCUCCCUGCGGUCACGGCCAACUACGCUCGAGGCGUCGGCACCGCGGAACACGCGCUCUACACGUUGAGCGUACAGUUUUUGAACCGGUCGGCCUUCGUCAAGGAGCUCGUCGAGAAGCACCACCUCCUGCAGAUUCUCGCCGGCUGUCUCCUCUCGACGCUCUCGCGCGCCUGCAAGCGGCAGCCUGCCAGGGGCGGCGCCCCCGGGAAUCGAGGCUUCAUUGCNGGCAAGAUGGUGCUGAGCGCCUCCCACAGCGUGUUGGAGCACCGCCGGUACAACCCGAUCGCGGCCGACCUCAAGUGCGUCUUGAACAUCGAGGGAGUUCCGCAGCGUUUCCUGAGGGCGUGCUUCACGGAGUGGAUCAAGGUUCUACUCAUGGUACAGAAAAUGGCCCCUCAAGUGAGACAGCAGCGGCUGCACGUGGAGCGCGAGCAGCGGGAGUGGAUGUUCGCCUUCAACAUCAACAUCAGCCUCACCUCGCUUUUCGAGUGUAUGCUGGGCUGGCUCCGAGAACCCUUGAAAGACACCUCCAUCCCGGCGGGCUUCUUCUCCUCCAAGGCGACGACAACGACGACGACGACGACCCCCGACACCACCACCGGCGCUGCUGCGACCACUGUCAGUGCGGCGACCUCGUCGCCAGUAUCUUCGGGAGAAGACGGAGGAGCCGCGGGGGCUGCCGCGACGGCUGCGCCGGCGCCACUGGCCCUCUUCCAGGUGACCUUCGGCGCGCUGGUGGCCUCCUACGAAGCUAGCAGAGAGAGGCGGCAGCGGCAGCAGCAGCAGCAGCAGCAGCCGUCUGAGCGGCCUUGGCCUUGGUCGCCGCAGCUGACGUCUCCCGCCGCCGCCGCCGCCGCCGUUGAGGAGGUCGCGUCAGGGUGGGAGAGCGUGGGUGCUGCAGGGAGCGGUGCCGUCGAAGCACAGCCGCUGCCGUCGCCAGCACCGGCGGGGGUGGGGGGGGGUCGACCCAGCCCCGAUCAGCUUGCGUCGCCCCCGCCGCCGCCGGCUAGGGCGGGCAGAGAGGUUGUGUCGUGGUGGGCCGACAUCAUGGAGGAGGAGCGCAUAUUCACCGCCGCCGCCGCCUCCGCCUCCGAAGGCGAAGAGAAAGACGGAGCGGAGGAAGAGCCAUGGCAGCCCUGGUCGGGGUCAGGGGCGAAUGCUACUAUGUGGGAAUUUCUCAACGAGGCCAACAACGCCGCGGCGGCGGCGGCGGCGGCGACGGCAGGGACGCCACCACCGCCCGGGGGGGCGAGUGGUAACAGCCACCGCGGCGCCGCUUCCCUGUGGUCGGCGUUAGCCACUGCUACUGUUGAUGGCAGGAGGGCGGCGUGGGAGCACGAGGAGCUGCCCACGUUCCCGGGGGGGGUCCUACGGGUACGACCGCCGGCGGCCGGGAGAUCUUUUCACAUCAUCCUGCAUCGUUUCUUCGCCGCCAUGGUGAGAGAGGCGUGCAACUGCGAGGAACGAGGCAGUGACCUGCGCCAGCUCUGCGGCUUCGUCGGCGGCUAUCCCGAGGUGGUGACGGACGUGGCCGACACAGCACUUGACGUGCUUUCCUUUGCGGCGGAGGUGAGGGCGGGGCUGUGGAGGAAGAACGGCCAGUCCAUGAACGACCAGGUGCUGAACUACGCGGAGCCGAGCUUCUGCAAGAUUUUCCGCGACCUAGACCUUACGGCGGUGCAGUUCGCGGCACUGUCCUGCGGCGCUUCGCAGCUGGUUAACCACGUUCUCCACAGGUUCCAAUGCUUUUUCUUUUGGAUGUUGAACGAGUGCGACGCGACCACGACCGCCCAGACUUCUGCGGCGGGGGAGUCUGCCAAAGGGCGAGCUGCGGCGGCGGCCGCAGCCGCGACAUCACUACUAGAACGCAUGGGGGGGGGGGAAGGAGGCGCAGGAGCGGCGACGAAGGCGAGGACUAGCAAUCCCCCGGUCCCGCCGACGAAUAUUUUUUCCGACUCUUCGGCCUCCCACGGCGGGGGCGGCGGGGGCGGCGGGGGCGGCGGGUACGCGGGGCCGGACAAGGAGCGGCAGCGGCGCGCGCGACGUCUGCGGCGUAGGUCAACGUUAGACCCUGAUCAGCAACUGGCGUUGGGCGAAGAGUGCCUGAUGCUGCUGAUCCUUCUCGUCACGGAGAUGCCGAUGGUCCCCGAUCCCCUCACACCCGAGCCGGGCGUCGACAGCGGCGACGGCAGCGGCACCGGAGUAGGUGCCCGCGGUGGCGGCUCGCCGGAGGCGGAGGGGAAGGGGAUGGCCGGCGGCGGCAGGAUGGCGAGGCAGUUGCGGCGGGAGCUCGUCCACCGCCUGGCGUCCGCGCCGUGCACCCACAGCGAGCUGCAAGACACGUGCUACGCCUCGUCUCCCAACGAAACCCUAGAAGCGGAGAUGAUGGAGGCGAUCCUCCGAGACGUGGCGACGAGAAGGGAACCGUCCAACGCCCUGGAUUCGGGCCGGUUCGUGCUCAAGCCUGAGGUCUUCGCGGCGGAGUAUGACAGCACCUUCUUCCACCAGUCCCUCCAGGCCCACCAGCAGGCCAGCGAGCGGCGGCCGGCCAUCAAGGGGCCCACGCCGGUGGCCCCGCCCCCUCCCGAGGCUCACCCACUGUUCAAGCAGCUACGCGUGGACUUGGUGAAGGACGAGACCAUGCUUAGGGUGGUGGGCCAGGUGCUGCUGGACUGUUCGAGAAAAACCCCAGGGCGCUCGCGAGACACGUUGCUGCUGCGCGGGCUGCACCUGCUCACCCUCGCCGUUCACGUCAUGGACCCGUCGACGGCAUCGUCCGGUGGUCCUUCCGGCGCUGGCAGAGAUGCCGCCGCUUCUGCUGCAGCUGCCGGAGUGAAAUCCGGCGAUGGCGGUGGUGGUCACGGGAGCGAUCUAGAAGCGUUCUGCAGCGCGAUCUUGCAGCCGAUGGUGCAGCCGCCGCCGCCGCCGCCGUCGCCGGUGGUACCACCGCCAGGGGCCGCCGCCGCUGCGCCCCCUGGAAGACGGGGUGGAAACAGCAGCAGCAGCGGCAGCAGCGGGGAUGGGCAUGACCAGGAAAUUGUGAGAAUAAAAGAGGAGACGAGUAACAAGAGAGCAAGAAGGCAGUGGCGGUGGAGAUAG